AUGGAUGAUUUUCGUAUAAGUACUUACAGAAACGUCACUAGCGUCUCCCACAGGGAAGCCGAUGCCUCCGCGCGGUCCUUCCACGGCUCCAAACACGUGCAGAAUGUCCGUCACGUAGCGAGCGGCAGCCGCCAACAGUGGCGCAUUCCUCGGUUUGGUCUGCCGCAGGUAUAUGUGCGAUGCACCUACGAGCUCACGUAG